UUCCAGUCACACUCUCUUUUGUGGACUGUGCCCCACACUCUUCCUGUUCGUGUGAGUUGCCUGUGCCCAGGGGAAUCUGGUCUUAUGGAACUUUUCUGCCCUGCUGUUCUCCCAUCCCUGCGCUGAGAGAAGGCAGCAGCUUUUGCCUUUUUCUUGCCUCUGCUUUCCUGAGGCUGCUGCAAGCCAAGGCCCUUGCUGGCUCUUUCCCUUUCCAGAGGGGCACAGGCCAUGCCUUGCCUGGUCUGGCUGUAACGUGGAGUUUCCAAGGCCAUGCUUUUGCAAGGGUCUCAAACCCUUCAGGUUGGUGAGACACUGCCCAGCAGAGUGGGACCUGGGAGUCUUGCAGGAACGGGGCAGAAUCCCGACAGGAAUUCCGGAAGAUCUUGCCGAUCCCUGAACUCUCCCUGAUCAGCAACCUCGCUGGUUGUCAAACCACAAUGGGCUGCAGGCCUGCGGAAAACUCCCGCUCCCUGCAGCUGCCUGGGGAGCUCAGCAUUGCAGAAUGGAGAACUAUAAGAAGACCAAAAUUGUGGAGAAACCUUGUCCUCUUCCUUUCACUGACCUGCCCGCUGAUAUUAUUGAAAUGAAGGUGAAGGAUGGGAGCAAAAUUAGGAAUCUGAUGGGCUAUGCCAUGAGCAAGAUGGAGCAGGACUCGGUGAGGCAGAUUCUUUUCACUGGCUCAGGCAAGGCCGUCAGCAAGACCAUCACCUGUGUGGAAAUCAUGAAACGAAGGCUGAAGGAGCUGCACCAGAUCACCAAAGUGCUCUUCAGACAGAUCGAGGAAAUCUGGGAGCCCAUUGUGCCUGAGGCAGGCCUCGAUGCCUUGACAGUGAAGAGGAACAUUCCUGCCAUAUGUGUCCUGCUGAGCAAAGAUGCCCUGGAUCCUCAGGAGCCGGGAUACCAGGCCCCAGGAUCUUUCGAUGCCUUCUGGACUGAGACACUGAAAGCAGAGUCGCAGGGCCAGAUGAAGAGGAAGCAGGGUGGAGGCCGGGGAGCUGCCAGCACGGGGAAGCACCCUCGCUCCACAGGGGGAGUGCCGGGGGGGCCCUGAGGCGGCAGCUCCGCGCGUGCUUCAGGGGAGCUGCAGAAACCAGCCCGGGGCUGUGGCUGCACAGCUGCUGCUGAACACGGGGCUCGCAGAGGUGUGAGGGGAGGGCAGGAGCGCGGACUGUCACAACUGAGUGUGAUCAUAGCUGUCGAAAAUGUGUUUUGACAAGUUCCCUUGCCAGAGGCUGCUGGGCUAUACUCCUUAGGGGAUCACGGAAGAUGGGAAUUGCCUCUUUUUGAGCUGUUGGUGUGCUGUCAGUGAGCCCCAGCAAAGGGCUGCUAGCUCAGUGAGGUUUCGGGUGCCUGGACAUGCAGCAGCCCGGGCAGUGGGACAGACACCUGUCUGUGUGCCAGGUGCAGGUUGCUCUGACGAGUACAAAGGGGAGACAGGAGCUGAUGUGGAAUCCCUGGGGAAGCUGCCAGCGUCGCCCAGGCUCAUGAGCUUACAGACAGCAGGGCACAGGGCUGGGCCAGCCAUUUCUGUGCCUGGAGUCCUUCUGCUGAGCUGUCACGGGGGUUGAAUGUUGGCCUGCCAGGAUGUAGCUCUGUCUGGCAUCGUGUGCUGUAGCACCUUGGCUCAGCGGAGCUGCCGGUCCUGGUUCUCUCUCCAGACAGGCAGCAGUCGGCUUGUGUUGUAACCAGCCUGAAAUCCUGUGGCUCUGCAGCUGUCCUGGGGUGGUGGUAAUGGGAAACUCCAAAGGAUCCUGUUCUUUCCCCUUUCUGCUCCUUGACAAUGCACAAAGAUAGCUUUAAAAUAAAGAUGUAACUUCAUGUAACUUG